AUGGGCUCAGGCGCGGCCAACAUUGCACCCGACGAUACUCCCUAUGCCGACGGAGAGAUUGUCCGUGAAGGCCCGGUCGGCGACCAAGGCGAUGGACCAUAUUCGGCAGGACGAGGGGGUGCCGGUAACAUUGUGGCGGACGGAGAGCCUGCAGCGGUGCCCCAUGACGCGGAGGUCAUCCCGGAGACUGCAACAAGAAUCUCCAGGGAAGAGUCUCACCACGUUGGGCGCGGCGGCGCAGGGAACGAGGCCCAUGUGCAGGAGAAGAAGCAGGAAGGGUUGGCGGACAAGCUGAAGCAUUUCUUCUUCAAGAAAAAGUCAUGA